AUGAGUUACAUUAUUCUUUUCCCACUUAUUCUCAUGAACAUUAUCAUCUUUUUAUUCAACUCAUCAAUAGCUGCAAAUUCCAUGUACAAUGUCCAAAGCUAUGGAGCCAAAUCUGACGGAAAAUCGGAUUCAUCCAAGGCGUUCAUUAGUGCAUGGACUGCAGCGUGUGCAUCAAGUAGCGCGGCCACCAUUUACGUGCCAAAAGGAAGUUAUCUUCUAAGUAAUGCAUAUUUCUAUGGCCAAACAUGUAAGAGUAAUGCCAUAACGAUAAAUAUUGAAGGUACACUUGUAGCUCCUUCUGACUAUAAUGUUAUUGGCAAAUCUGGUAAUUGGAUUAAAUUUGAACGAGUCAACGGAGUUUCUAUCGUUGGUGGAACUCUAGAUGGACAAGGUACCGGUCUUUGGACAUGCAAAAACUCUGGCAAAGGUUGUCCCAAAGGAGCCACGACAUUAGCUUUCUACAACUCAAAUGACAUUGCAAUAAGUGGAUUAACUUCACAAGACAGCCAGAUGUUCCAUAUUUUGUUAGACAGAUGCCAUAAUGCAAAGUUACAAGGAGUGAAGAUUUCAGCACCGGGAAAUAGCCCCAACACUGAUGGAAUUCAUUUACAAUCAUCUUCUGAUGUUACUAUCUUGAAUUCCCAAAUUGGAACUGGUGAUGAUUGUAUCUCAAUUGGUCCUGGCAACUCCAACUUGUGGUUCGAAAACAUUGCUUGUGGCCCUGGCCAUGGAAUAAGCAUUGGGAGCUUAGGUUGGGAGAUGCAAGAGGCAGGAGUACAAAAUGUGACAGUUAAAACAUCAUCAUUUACUGGGACUGAGAAUGGUGUGAGGGUCAAAACAUGGGCAAGGCCUAGCAAUGGCUUUGUUAGGAAUGUACUUUUUCAACAUGUAGUCAUGAAUAAUGUCGAAAAUCCCAUCAUCAUUGAUCAAAAUUACUGCCCUGGUAGUGGAAAUUGUCCUGAACAGGGUUCAGGCAUCAAGGUUAGUGACAUAACGUAUGAUGACGUACAUGGAACAUCGGCUACAGAAGUUGCAGUGAAAUUCGAUUGUAGCAAAACAAAUCCAUGUAAUGGAAUAAAAUUAUUGGAUGUGAAACUUAGUUAUAAGGAUCAUCCAGCAGAAGCUUCAUGUGUUAAUGCUGGAGGAAUGGCUUCUGGUCUACAACAACCUACUAGCUGCUUACAAGUUUGAACAAAACAAG